AUGCCUAUUUUACAGAACAUCAAGUCAUGCGUACGUCGGAAACAUGGUGUUACAAGGAGGCCGACGAAGGUCCGCUUUAAUGUAAAAAUCGUUGACGCAUUCAAGUCUGCAAACAUUGCUUCUCAGUUAAGGGACCUUCUCGUAUAUAUCGCUCGUGAAGGCGUUGCCGUUACUGACUUGUUUAGGCGCCCGGGAAAUAUUCAAUCCAUCAAAAAGAUAGUAUCAGAUUUGGAGUCGGGACGACCGAUCAAUUGGACAGAUUACAAUUUCUAUACGCUUGCAAACAUAGCAAAGCGUUUUUUGCUUCAUAUUGAGGGAGGAAUUCUUGGUGAGGAGGCUGAAGAGGCCUUGAUAGAAGCGUUAGAUAUUCCUGAUAUCGAUGCCCGCAACGCUCAAAUGAAGUCCAUUAUUACGUCACAGCCAAAAAUGGUUCAGCAGCUGCUAACUCUGCUUUUUGGAACGUGGUUUCGUAUGAUUUAUCACACCGAGGUUAACGCAAUGUCUGUUGAAGCUGUAGCAAAGUCCGUAGCGGGGUCUAUCUUCCCUAGUUGUACAUAUUCGCCUGAAAAGGUUGAGAAAGCAUCGAAAGUUAUGGAAGUCCUCAUUGUGGGCUUUGCGUCAACGGAACUCUUUGGACGUGAAUUAAUCGAAUACUUCACUCGCGAGACAAACACAAGCAUUUCACGGAUAGAGAAAUUCAAAUAUGAGUUUCGAUUUCCAAAGAAUGUUCCAAAACUGCGAUCCACUCAGAUGUUUCGCCAAAUGCUUAUUGAGGAGAGCAAAAAGCACGGCUUCGACAUUCUGAAAGACGAAGUCACCAAGGAGGAGUUUGAGUGCGCAAAUGAGACGAUGGCAUUGGACUGUCCAGAACUGCAAUUCCGUCUUACCAAUGCAAACAAAGAUGGCGGGGGUGAUUUCCUGGGGCCGACCGCUGAUUGUGUGUUCGUUCCUUCUCGGACAUCCAGUUUACGAAUUCCGCUGGCGGAUCUACAACCAACUGCUCAGUCUACUCCUGCCCAGCACCCAUUAACAUUGUCGUCCCACCACCUCAUCGACGAAAAUGAUACCCUGCCUUCGUUUUCUAAAGUAGAGGACGGAAGACCAGGGCAUUUAAACCAUUUCCGCCUCCACCAUCACCGCAUCGACCGGGUUCAGCAAUACUCGGAGAAGCGUACCUGCGUUACCGCCACUCCCACCGACGCCAGCGACUCGCGUUUCCGCCGACGCGACAGCAGUGGUAUGGUGGAGAGUUUACAGGGUCCCGCCGAACGAAUUUGCGGUAUCCUUGGACGCCAAUACGACUCCCUCUCUGAAAUCGAUGACAUUUCGAGUGCCCAAGAAUCCUCUCGCACACUGCUUCUGCGUUUCCACUUUCAGUUCAAUGGCUCUGGUGCUGCAGCAGUGUACGGUUCGUGUUUCAAUUCGGUGAGGAAGCGACAAUUAGAGCGAUUGCAGAAACGCUCGGACUGGUUUCUCAGUCCGCCCUCGGGUCUCCGCAACUCUGGGAUGAUGCGCAUUGAUCCGCCCCCUACUACCGGUACGUACAUUAUUCAACGCAAUGUCUCUGCUUCUUCGUUUGUUCUCUUCUCCUUCAACAAACUGCCUUCUUGA